AAGCUACGCCCCCAUUUCCACCGUAUCGUUGCCUCAACCCCUCUGUGUCUGUCGCAAGGCUGUAUCGCCACCAUCCCUCCGCCACUGUUGCCUCCCCCACCUCUCUGUUUUCCACAACAACAUCUCAACCCUUGUUUCUCUCUCUCACCAUCACCAACCAAUUCCAAUAGACAUAGAAUAAUUAUUCUAUCAUCAACUUGUAUAUACAUAUAUGUAGAUCACUACAACCAUCGUUGCCACGAACAAUUCAACCCCAUUGUCAUAAUUUACAUUAAAAUUCAAUCAAUCAGCAUUUCAAUACACACGUUACGCAUGCGCAUGUGAACCCUAAGUCACUUUUACGCAUGCGCCUGUGAACCCUAAGUCACGUUUCUGAGUUUAGCGACACUACUAUUCCGUUCAUAUACCGUACUACCGUCGUGGAGUUUAGCGAUUAUCGAGAAUUGCCGGGUUUUGGAAUUUGGUUAUGUGGUUUCCUCUUUUGAGGAAGGGCUAGACGAUGACGAGAAAAACUAGUUGCUGUGCUAUUUGUGAGAACUCAAAUCUAGCGUCUAUUUGCACCGUUUGUGUCAAUUACAGAUUAAUUGAGUACAAUACUAAUUUGAAAGAAUUGAAGACUCGCCGGGAUUAUUUGUAUUCAAGAUUGAGUGAAGUGCUCGUAGCAAAGGGUAAGGUAGAUGAUCAACUCAGUUGGAGAGUGCUUCAAAAUGAAAAGCUUGCAAGAUUGAGGGAAAAGCUUCGUCUUAGUAAAGAAGAACUAGCACGAGGGAAGUCCAAGGUUGAAAAGAUGUCCUUGGAUUCAAAAGUUAAAUAUGAGUUGCUCGAAUCAGCCAUGAGUACGUUGGAAAGAAAUCGUAUGGAACAACUAGAAAAGUUCUAUCCUAAUCUUAUCUGCACUCAGAGCUUGGGGCAUAUGGCAAUUACCUCCGAACGUCUUCAUCAACAGUCAGUGGUUAUAAAACAGAUAUGCAAGUUGUUCCCACAACGUCGGGUGAUUAUAGAUGGGGAGAGAAAAGAUGGGUCUAGUGGCCAAUAUGAUCAAAUUUGCAAUGCACGCUUGCCAAGAGGACUUGAUCCCCAUUCAAUUCCUUCUGUUGAGCUUGCUGCCUCUUUGGGAUACAUGGUGCAACUUCUAAAUCUUGUUGUUCACAAUGUUGCUGCCCCUGCGCUUCAUAACUCAGGUUUUGCUGGUUCGUGCUCCCGAAUAUGGCAACGAGAUUCUUAUUGGGAUGCCUGUCCGUCUUCUAGAAGCAACGAAUAUCCUCUAUUUAUACCACGACAAAAUUAUUGCUCCACUGGUGGGGAAACUUCAUGGUCUGAUAGAAGCUCAAGUAAUUUUGGCGUUGCUUCAAUGGAAUCUGAGAGAAAGCCGCGGUUGGAUUCUUCUGGCUGUAACAGCUUCAAUUAUUCUUCUGCUUCGCCACAUUCUGUUGAAACACACAAGGAUCUGCAGAAAGGGAUUUCACUUCUCAAGAAAAGUGUGGCUUGCGUGACAGCCUAUUGCUAUAACUUGUUAUGUUUAGAUGUUCCUGCUGACACAUCUACUUUUGAAGCAUUUGCUAAGUUGUUGGCCACACUUUCUUCUUCUAAGGAAGUCCGAUCUGUUUUUUCCUUGAAAAUGGCUUGUUCAAGGCCGUCUAAGCAAGCUCAACAAAUGAAUAAAUCUGUAUGGGAUGUGAAUUCAGCUGUUUCAUCAAGCGCCUUAUUGGAGAGUGCACAUACACUACCUAUAAUGCGAAGUAUCAACAACCUUCCAAGUUCUGCUGUCAGUUUUCUGUAUGGCACUGAGUUGUCCGAUACUGGAAAGAACGAAAACCUUAUGGAAGGAUGGGACCUAGUGGAGCAUCCCACUUUUCCUCCUCCUCCAUCAGAAACCGAGGACGUUGAGCAUUGGACUCGAGCGAUGUUUAUUGAUGCAACAAAGAAAUGAUCUGGUGCUUCUGCUGGCUACUAAUUUUGUUUUAUAGGUUCAGGGAAGACGAUACUUGUUGAGAAAACACUGGAGGGAGGAAGGAAUCAACAUGUAAAUUUUUUGAGAGGGCUGACCUCUAUGCAUGUAAAUAAUGAUUAUUCUAUUACAUGUAAAUUUUUUGAGAGGACUGACCUCUGUACAUGUAAAUAAUGAUUAUUCUAAGUGUGUACAGACAAUUAUUGCAGAA